UUGAGCCACGCUCCGCAGAGUAUAAACUUACAGCCAUUUCUCUUUCUUUCUUAAAAAGAAUAUUAUUUUAUAUAUUUAAGGGAUAUACUUUUUUUAGUUUGUCCCACCCACAUAAACCCCAACUGUACUCCUUAAACGCUUUCAAUUAGUCUUUCCCCGCUAAUUACCCCCCCUUCCGCUACAAAAAGAAUUUGACCCCCUUGAGUUUUUUUUUUAUUGAAACCCCCUUUCCCCCCCCCUUAGAAUUAACUACAAUUGCAUUACAAUAUGUUGUUAACUAAAUCUGUUGCCUUGGCCAUUUUGGCUGCUAUGGGCACCCAAGCCUUGGUUAUCCCUGAAGCCAACACCAUCGAUGUUUUUGGCAAGGGUAAGGCCAACGCCGAUGCUGCCGUUGCUUCAGCUGCUUCAGUUGUUGGUGACGCUGCUAAGAAGGUUGCUGAAGCCGCAGGAAACGCUGCCACUCUUUUCCAAUCUGGCCGUAAGCUUAUUCCUCACAAGUAUAUCAUUGUUCUCAAGGAUACCGCCACUGCUGAAGAGGCUAACUUCCACCGUGAACUCAUUGCUGCUAAGCAUUCUGAACACUUGAGUAGUUCAAGCACAAUUCCUCAAACCUUUGUUACCGCCACCAAGGAAACCGCUGGCGGACUCCUUGACUCCUUUAACAUUGGCUCUCUUAUCCAAGGUUACACUGGUGUCUUUUUAGAUGAAACCAUUGAAUUCAUCCGUAAUGACCCAGCAGUUGCCUUUGUUGAACAAGAUUCUACCGUUUUGGCCUCUGAAUUUGACGUUCAAAAGGGUGCUCCAUGGGGUCUUGCUCGUGUUUCUCACAGACAACCUCUCUCCUUAAACUCUUUCAACCAAUAUUUGUUUGACAACAAGGCUGGUGAAGGUGUUACCUCAUAUGUCAUUGAUACCGGUGUUAACAUUGAACAUCAAGAAUUCGAUGGUAGAGCCACUUGGGGUUCCACUAUUCCAUAUGGUGAUGCUGAUGUUGAUGGAAAUGGUCACGGUACCCAUUGUGCUGGUACCAUUGGUUCUGCAUCCUAUGGUGUUGCCAAGGGCGUUGAUAUCGUUGCCGUCAAGGUUUUGAGAUCUAAUGGUUCUGGUUCCAUGUCUGAUGUUGUUAAGGGUGUUGAAUUUGCUGCCAAGUCUCACCAAGAUGCUGUCAAGGCUGGUAAGAAGGGAUUCAAGGGUUCCACUGCUAACAUGUCUCUUGGUGGUGGUAAGUCUCCUGCUUUGGAUUUGGCUGUCAAUGCUGCUGUUAAGGCUGGUUUACAUUUUGCUGUUGCCGCUGGUAAUGAAAACCAAGAUGCUUGUAACACUUCUCCAGCUUCUGCUGAAAAUGCAGUCACUGUUGGUGCUUCCACCAUUGCUGACGCUAGAGCUUAUUUCUCCAAUUAUGGUAAGUGUGUUGAUAUUUUCGCCCCAGGUUUGAAUAUCUUGUCCACUUAUAUUGGAUCUGAUUCUGCAACUGCUACCUUGUCUGGUACUUCGAUGGCAUCUCCUCAUAUUGCAGGUUUAUUAUCUUACUUCUUAUCUUUACAACCAGGUGCUGAUUCUGAAUUUUUCGUUGCUGACAAGGGUAUUACUCCAACUCAAUUGAAGAAGAAUUUGAUUCAUUACGGUUCUGAAAACAUAUUACUGGAUAUUCCAGAUGAUGGUACUCCAAACAUCUUGGCCUUCAAUGGAGCUGGUCACAAUUUGACUGGUUUCUGGGGUGCUGACUCCAAGUUGAAGGAAAUUGAAGUUCAAGGCAGUGAUGACUUGGAAUCCAAGGUUGAAAAAUUACUCUCUAAGGUUGAAAAGGAUUCCGCUAACGUUGUUGAUGACAUCAAGAAGUUGGUUUUGGAAGCUUACAAGAAUUUUUAAGGUUAUAAUUUUGUUUUAAUUGGAUUAGAUGUUUUUUUUUAA